UCUUAUAUCGUUCUACGACUUGCACGCAAUUCUUGCACGGCUUUCGGUAGUUUGCUAUUACUGUUUUUUAUUUAACAAAAAUUAAUGGAUUCUUCUGAAGAAGAAGCCGAUUAUGAUAUUGUCGUCAAUAACAAUGAGGUACAACCUUACAUGUUUGAGCCUUUGGCCAACGCGGAAGGUGGUCAUAGUAAUGACAAUUCUUCGUCAUCGGAAAGCGAAGAUGAAUACAUUCACAGAAUUGGAAAUGUUGAAUGGUGCGAGUGUGGCUUUUGUGUGGUCAUGAGUACAGGACGGGAAAGUAUAUGUUGCCAAGAGGUAAACAACACUGAUCCUCUGAUACAUGGCGAUCAUAUUUGCACCACACAAGAGGAAGAGUUUGCCACAGUAUGUACAAACGAAGCUGUCUUAAAAACAGCUAUGGUCGUGUACACACAAUGACAUUGGACCUAUGCCUGAGAGUGAAGAAAACGAGUAAAUAUUACCUUAGAAGUGUAAUUACGUGUAUGUCGACAAGUGUAUAAUGCCGAUAAGUAUCUUAGACAAAAUUUUGUAUCGUUCAGAGCAUUACGCUACACGGCGUACCGACAGUGGACGGCUGAACAGAAUUCAUUACGAAAUUUAAAUAUACGUAAAUGUAAAUAAGUAUGCUCAUUAUUUAAGGAGCCUCUGCAUUGAACCCCAGCAGUGUUGUGUAAAACCUCCUUAGGUUAGUAUAUAGAAGAUAUAAUAAAUAUUUAAUAAAACUUUUACAACAAUUUA